UUAAGGGUGCUGGGAAGUGUAGCUUUUUGGGGUGAAUGGCCAUUGCCAGGAUUCUUUGGCAGACACCAUGCACUUCGAAUUCAUGGUACGGAUGUGAAGCUGCACACUGUAACGGUUUUCCCCCGGCUUAUGCUGUUUCUUUUCAAAAACUAUGAGUCACCCAGAGGGAGGGAAAGGCCCGCCCUGUAACUUGAAACUGGAGAAAGGAAACUAAAGCCUUUGUUCUCAUUUCAGGCAGACGAAAUGGCAGACGAGGGUCCAGUCCAGAACCUCUGCGAGGAAACAACAUGCUCCAUCUGCCUGGAGUAUUUCACAGAUCCAGUGAUCAUAGACUGCGGCCACAAUUUCUGCCAAAGCUGCAUCACCGAGGCUUGGGGGAAAUCGGACCAAGAAGCUUCUUGCCCUCAGUGCAGGGAACCUCAUCAGCAAAGGAAUUUCAGGCCCAACCGGCAACUGGCCAGCAUUGUGGAAAUAGUCAAGAAAUUCAGCCUUCAGGCGGCCAAAGGGGUGGAAGUGCUGGGAAGGGUUUGCAAGAGACACCAGGAGCCCCUGAAGCUCUUCUGCGAAGACGACCAAGCCCCCAUCUGUGUGGUGUGCGACAAAUCCAAGGAGCACAGGGACCACAAGGUGAUCCCAAAGGAGGAGGCCUUUGAGGAGUAUCAGGGUAAAAUCCUGCGUCAUUUGGAGUUCCUGAACAAACAGAGAGAAAAAAUUCUGUCUUCUAAACUGAAGGGGGAGACUGAAAGCCAGAAUCUGCUGAAGCAGACAGACAUGGAGAGGCAGGAAAUCAUGUCCGAUUUCAAGCAAUUGCACCAGUUUCUGGAAGAACAAGAGCACCUCCUGCUGGCUCAAUUGAAGGAACUGGACGAUGAGAUUAAAAACUGUAGGAAUCAAUAUAUUGCCAAACUCUGUGAGGAAAUGGCCUCCCUUGACAACCUAAUCAGGCAGCUGGAGGAGAAACAGAAGCAGCCAGUGACUGAAUUCUUGCAGAAUAUGAGAAGCAUCCUGGAAAGAUGUAAUGAAAAUAAGAAUAAAACCAUCAAUGCAAUAGCAUUUCCUCGUGGAUUAAAACAGCAAAUAGAUUAUUUCUCCAAAAUACAUCCUUUUUUGGAGAAGGAGACCAAGAAAUUCAAAGACGUUGUGCUCUCUGGACCUCAAGGAAAGAAAGGUACAUUUCCAGGUGAAGAAAUGGCAAUUCCUAAACUAGUCCUAGAAGCGUAUGGCCAAGCACAAACCCGAGACAUAUAUAUGAAGCCACCUUUGUUUGAAUUCGGAUUCUCAACAACCAAUCAUUCGUUGACCCCGUUGCACCAAUCAUUUGUUAACCCCGUAUUCUCAAAUAAGAACAUUAAUUGUUGUUCCUAUGUUAUGGGAGUUGAGAGAAUCAGCUCAGGGAUCCAUUCCUGGAUAGUGGACGUGGGGAACGAGAACUUCUGGGCUGUGGGGGUUGUCAAGGAGUCUUUAAGGGGUCACAAUAUUGUCAAUUUGAAUGAUGAGAUUGGGAUCUGGGCUAUUGGGAGGAUUUCUACUGGUGCAUAUUAUGCUUCCACUUCUCCUGGAAUAUCUCUGGGACCAUCACCCUCGGCCAGCACACAACCCCUUGAGUCCAGAACAUAUGGGAUUCGGCCAAAGAGGAUCCGUGUGCUUGUGAACUAUGAAGCAGAAGUAAUACUCUUCCGUGAUGCUGACUCAAAUAAUGUUCUCUUUACCUUCCGUGCUUUGUUCUCUGGGGAGAAAAUCUGCUCCUUUGUCUGUGUGGGAAAAUGAGAUGAGGUUGCCAUUUGGUGCAAACUUGACAGGCCAGCGGGAGGUGCCAAGUCCUUUAAAACCAGGGAUGGGUGGGGAAGUUUAAAAACAGCAUGGCGGUCAGGAAGAAGGAACUGAAUCCUCUCCCCCCCCCCCAUACUUUCCUCCCUCAAACGUCUGGGAAAAGAACUUUUUUGGGGGGGGCGGGUAUGUGUGGUGUGGAAAGGGCUCAGGAUAUUAAGUCCCCGCCCCAAACUGCCAACUUCUUUAAAGGGAAUUAGUAACAGUCUGACUCUAUCAUGUAGUGUCAUUGCUGUCAAGUCUGAAUGGGCCCUGCAGGCUUUCCCCUCCAAAUAGCGCUCUGUUGUGGGAAACAAAACACAUGAAAACUGCCAUUCAGACACAGCUUCAGGGGGAAGUAGUAGCUGAAGGGGGGGGGGGCUUUUCAUCAAGGAACAGGCACUAGGCCCUGAUCCAGAUUGGCAGCGUGCUUCGGAUCACAACCCCAUAGCUAUAUUUUAUUUGGAAAAGAAGCACACAAAAUAGAAGCAUGAUUAAAAAGGAAUUGUCUGCAAAUACACAAAUAGAGACUUGAUAUGGGGGCAUUUAAAUGCCCCCUUAAUUAUCUAAAGAGCUGGGUUGUUUUAUGUGUUUCAAGUAGUUGUUCUAAUUCUUUUUAUAAUUGUUUAGUAGUUGUCACUCACUCUAGGACCUGAUGUCGAAAGGUGUGUAAGAAACCUUGUAAAUAAAUAAAAGCAAUCCCGCUUACUGCAUAUGUGCGUGCCAUUUAUCGCUUAAUGUCCAAGCUGCUCAGGGUGUGGUAGUGGCCCAAAGGGCCAUAAUGAAUGUGAUAAUGUGAACCCCUAUAAAUCCUUCAAUAUAAUUCUAAUAGAGAAGUUAUGGUAACCUGUUGCUUUAAGAAACUGAUGAUUUUGCAAGAUGCCGCCCCCCCACUGGGGCAGAAGGGCAGCUAAUACAUGAAUCACGAAAAUACAGCUCAUAAGUUAGAACGCAAGUUGAUACACGGUGCAAAUGGCUGCACGUAACACAGGUUCCCAACUUGCAUACUAACACAAUGUAACAGAGCACGGUGAGAAUCAAAGUUUAGUUAGCAAUGCUUAUUGCGCAUGUGUAUUAAACAUGAAACGAGGUAAUGAUGUACAUGAUUGGUGAAAAUUGAAAUCCUUUGUUUGAAAUGUUAUAAAUACCAUCGCCCUGACCCUUGGGCAGGAUUGCAGUUUUGCGAAAAGAUUUGACUGUAACCUAUUGCUUUGCAAUAAACAACAAUGGACUCUUAA